AUGGAGACUCUUGAUCAGCCGCCAGUAGGGCAGCUCCACUUAUCAGAACAAGUUGAUCUGGUGAUAAGAGAUGAUGGGGAUACGAGACUAGGUCGUAUCGAGGCAGUUCUCAGUGCUAUGUUACUGGAGAGUGAUUUCAGUUUUUGUAUGCUGAAGGCACUGCUAUGUAGUGUAGGGAUAGUCUGUGAUCAUGUUAGAACUGUCGAAAAUGGAAGUUUUUCUCAUUUGCACAAUGACUCACGACCAUAUUACAACAGGCUUGGGAUGGCUGAGAUGGCAAGGACACACUUCACACGUGCUGGAAAUGAAGUUGAUCCGACUAUUACAAGCUUAUUGAAAUUGGAUAGUGCAUCAUUGCCUUCGAUGCCACCCAAAGUCUCAGGCAUGUCAGCGGAUUCUUAUGUCCAUAUUGUCCAAGCCCAGGUCGACAUGGCAUUUGAAAGAUUUGAUUCAGCUGUUGCGCUGGCUGAGAAGACUUGGCUUAUUGAUCGUGUUAACUCAGAGGUUGAAGUGAUCCUAAAUAACGUGAGAUUAGUUGCAAUGGCUUGUGCCCAGGGGAAGGACCUUUCUAAGGCAGGCAAGUUUGCUGAAGCAUCAGUAGCCUAUGGUGAAGGGCUGAAAUAUGAGCCCUCAAAUCCAGAACUAUACUUAUUAAUUGUUGGGUAUUGA